AUGAAGGUCAUCCAGGGGAGCCUCGAAGGGCUUCAGAACCUAUCCGUUUUUCAAGGAUUGAACCUUUGUCUGAAGACGUCGCCCUCGGCGGACCCACUCGGGCUGAAGCUUAUCUAUGAAUCUGAAAGACCAUAUGCGGACUUGAUCUUCGUCCAUGGGCUUGGUGGAUCUUCUCUAAAGACAUGGUCACACAAUCGAAACAUUGAAAAGUUUUGGCCCCCAUGGCUAGGUUCAGAGGUUGGAUUAUCCAAUACCAGAAUCUUCACGUUUGGAUACAACGCGUCCUUGACUCAAAAAUCACCUAUACUGAGCAUACUUGACUUCGCCAAGGACUUACUGUUCCAAAUAAAGAUGUAUCAUGAUCCUAGAAGCGAAGAUAACAAGUUGCUAGGUGAGAUCCAAAAAGAAGAAAGGAAGGAUCUUUGGCUCAGUGUUAAUUUCUCCCAGCGUCCGAUGAUAUUUGUGGUUCAUUCCUUAGGAGGGCUUGUCGUCAAAAAGGCAUAUAUCAUUGGAAAAACAGACGACCAGUAUUCCGAUAUGAUAUCCCAAACAUAUGGAAUUGUCUUCCUUGGAACGCCACAUCGAGGGUCUAAUUUGGCCCAUAUUCUCAACAACGUCCUUCGGACUAUACCGAUUACUUCAACCAAGAUAUAUGUGAGUGAGCUGGAAAGAGGAUCAACUUCAUUGGCAGACAUCAACGAGCAAUUCCGAAAUAUGUGCGGUGACUUGGAAUUGGUUUCUUUCCAUGAAACAUUAAAAACGACACUAGGUCCAGGAGUGAAGGCAAUGGUUGUUGAAAAGGAAUCUGCAGUUCUUGGAUAUCCUUCAGAGAUAUCAGCACCGUUGCUUGCGGACCAUCACGGGUUGGCGAAGUUCCCUAACCCUGAUGACCGAAACUAUGGUGAUGUCAGGAAUGUGCUUAGGAGGUGGGUACAUAACAUCAAGGAGCUACAAUUUUCUGGACGAGAAUCACCAAAGCCAACAAACACGCCACCUCUGGCCACUCUUGAACAUAUCACUGGUAUUAAAUACACUGGUAAUGAGCUUGAAAACUUCCGCGAACGAAUCUAUCCUGGAACAUGUCGCUGGAUACUCCAGAAGAAAGAAUUCCGGGACUGGCUUAGUGGAAGUGACAGCGGGUUGUCCAUUUUCUGGCUAACGGGCCUGCCGGCCACCGGGAAAACGAUUCUAUCCAGCUUUCUCAUUGACUAUCUUAGCCGGGAAGACGUGCCCGGAACAUGUCAUUACCACUUUUUUCAAGUGGACCAGCAUGAUACUCGCACCAUCGCAUUCUUCCUUCGUUCACUUGCAUUUCAGAUUGCCAGUAAAUCUCAGAUCUUCCACAGUAUGCUGAUAGAUCUACAUAAAAAGACUGGGAUCUGUUUUGCAUCGCAGAAAUACAACUUGAUCUGGAACAAGGUAUUUGAGGGGCUUUUGUUUAGAAUCAAGUUAGAAGAACCGCUCUUCUGGGUACUGGAUGGACUUGACGAAGCUGAAACCUCCCCAGCACUAAUAUCGCUAAUCACUAAAAUCGAUACGGUGACACCGAUUAAAGUUCUUCUUAUAAGCCGACUUACCAAAGACUUCUCGGCCGCUUUAAAUGUUAUAGACUGUCCAAUCUACCGCGAAGAGAUGCAACCGUCAGAUACAGCAGAUGAUAUCAAGCUAUUCGUGGAGACAACUGUCCGCCAGGCGUUGCCAGCCAAUCGAGAGCAAGAAACUGUCAUUAAAAACGUUCUAUCCAAGUCUUCUGGGAGCUUUCUCUGGGUAGAGCUUGUUCUGACUAGGCUUAAGGAUAAUUGGCACACCAAAGCCGACAUCGAGAACGCUCUGACAGGUAUACCAGAAGGCAUGGAGUUCAUGUAUGAAAAAAUGGCAGAUGUCAUCGCCGAACAACCCUCUCGGCUCAGAAGAAUGGCCACGGAGAUUCUGACAUGGGCCUCUUGCUCUUUCCGUCCUCUUGACAUCGAGGAGCUGUCGGUUGCGUUGAAUCCGGAAUUUGGUGCCUUCUUGGAUCUCAAGACUACCAUUAAUCAGAUCUGCGGGAACUUUGUCAUCAUUAAAAUAUCAAAAUUAAGCUUGAUCCAUCAAACAGCACGGGAAUUUCUUCUCGACAAGGACCGACAUGCUCCAGUCAAAAUCGACAGUCGGCUAGGACACAAACACAUCGCCAUCACCUGCAUGAACUUUAUGUCUGAUAACAAAUGGAGGGCCAAACUUGCUACCGCGUGCCAACCAAACCACUCAAACUCCAGAAGUCUGCAGCGGGAUGAAUUUUUUCGCAAGGAACCCUUCAUGCUGUAUGCGGUCUCCUACUGGGCUUACCAUGUCAGUUGUGCUCCAGUAGACUCGGACGACCUGCUAUCCAUUAUCUGCGAUUUCCUGGAACGAUUUUCGUUGAUCUGGAUCAAUGCCGCCGCUGUGGCCGGCAAGCUCCAGCUUAUAACGCAGUCCGCGCAGUAUCUCAAGGCCUAUGCGAAGAAGGUAGCACGUUACCGAAAUGAAUCAUCUCCAACAAGCUUCCACUUCAGAGCCUCGCGUGAUCUAGAUCUACACCAAUGGGCCAUAGAUUUCAUUCGUUUAGUGGGCAGAUUUGGGGCCUAUCUAGACGAAAGCCCGUCUUCAAUCUAUAAACAUGUCAUUCCUUUCUGUCCGACAAAGUCGAUCAUGAGCCAAACAUUCAAGCACACUACUGUGAGCACCAUUUCUAUUCUCGGGGUCUCAUUAGAGAACUGGAAUGACUGUCUUGCGCGACUUACUAUGGGUGGAGACGAAACUGCUUCCAAGAUCAUCUGUAAAGAUAAUUACUUCAUCACCUUGAUUGGCAGCAGCGGCACCCUCGUGGUCUGGGAUGCAGAGACCUGCGGAGAGGCUCGGCGCCUACAUCAUGGAGAGUGGGUGACUAGUAUCAAAGCCAGCAAGAUCAAAAGUCUCGUCGCAUCAGCAGGCAUUCGCACUAUCCGGGUUUGGGAUAUCACCACGGGACAAGAGGUUCAUCGCAUCGCCAAAUCCAGCCAAGGUCGGUUGAUGGCUUUCGAGUUCACAUCCAAUGACACAAAACUGCGAGUCGCCUAUGAUGAUUUUACAAUACGGUGCAUCGAGCUGCGAACAGAGAAAGAGGAGUGGUGCUUUUAUGCCCAUGAUGAUUCGUCCGAAGCGGAAUAUAGUUGUCCACGACUUAUGGUGUUCAGCCAAGAUGGCAGAAGAAUUGCUAUUGCUCAGAGCGGUCGGCCUGUGUUUGUAUGGAGGAUCAGUCGCUAUCGACAGCCCCCACAGCGCUGUAUCCGAAGCGAGGAUAUCUGGAAGAAGGACGAAGAUGCCUGGAUUUCACCUGAAGUGGUGCUUUGGCAGCCAGAGUCAUCAAAUGUCCUGAUCUUGUACCAUGAUGCAACGCUGGUUAACUGGAAUAUUGACGAUGAUACUCAGACACAGCAUUCACACAUUGCAGCUCGGGAGAUGGCGGUAAGCAAUGACGGUAAUCUUCUCUUGACUAGUGAUAAUAAUGGCACAUUGAGUGUCUGGUCGACUGGGCAGUUUCGCCUAAUCUAUCAAGUGAAGUAUGACGACUUCGUGAGGGACCUUGCCUGGGCUCCUGAUGCUCAGAGAUUCUACGACAUCCGGGGAACAUUGUGUAAUGUCUGGGAGCCUGAUGUACUGAUACGCUCUGAUGAUGCGAGUCGGGAAGAUCAGAGUACACACGAUACCUUGUAUUCCGACCCUGUUAUUUUACCCGACAACAACACCCGAGUCCAGGUCACAGCUCUGGGGUGUGGGGAGCGUGCUAAAUACUACUGCACAGGAAAGGAAGAUGGAAGCGUGGUUAUUUUCGAGCUCGAAACAGCGCAGAGGCUUCGAAAACUAUAUGGGCACUCUACCAGUGUUUCCGUUAUCGAAAUUGCCUGGUCUUCGUCAUUAAAGUACAUUGCUUCUGUCGAUGAUUGUGGUCGGGUCAUAGCCAAAAGGCUCGAAAAACCAACACCGCGAGCACCGAAGAAAUGGGCUGUGUAUCCAUUGUUCGAUCAAAGAUUCGGAUCCACGGUGACACAGUUACUGUUCAGUCACUCGGAAGAAUACCUCCUUAUAUCCAGCGGAAACAUAUUCCGGGUCUGGAGUACCAAAACAAAGCAAAAGCUCUUCCAGGUGGAGCACCGUGAUGCAGACUACACGAGAUGGAUGCAACACCCACAAAAUCCGGCUCUGCUGAUCUGCAUCCAGGGUACGAGGCAAUCCAUAUGCAGCUGGAGCACCCUUGACGUUAUCAAACAGCCACUUGACAAGUCAGACCUUGCAAUACAUCUUGAGCCAGCAGAGACUACUGCAGACACAGAUUCAGUUGGUGAUGACUCAUUUAUAGAUCAGCAGGAUGAUCUGGAUCUGAAUGAUUUGAAGGUAUCUCGAUCAUUUUCUUCAGAGACACUUGGGCGGGUCUUUCAAAGUAAAGACCGCUACAUCAUUCUGGAGUACAUCCCUAGUCGUGGUUUCGUCAGCGAGGGAAGCUCUCAGACAGCGUCUCGCAGAUUAGAAAUGGUUGAUCUCCGCGAAGGAUCUACUUCACUCGGACUACGAAGGAGAAUCUUGUUCGAAUUGUCUGAAACUGUGAAUCGACUGGUCGGGAUCUUCCAAGGGCGCCUGGUCUUUCUCGAUCAUCAGUACUGGUUAUGUACAUGGGAUAUAGAGGGAGAUGAAAGAGCUUGUCGAAGACAUUUCUUCUUGCCAAAGGACUGGUUAUCUCCAGAUGCCUUGAGUCUCGUCAUGCUGGAUCAAUUUGGGACACUUCUAUGUCCUAGGAACGGGGACGUCGUGAUUGUUCGAUCAGGGUUCAAGUUGUGA